AGAGUACAAUUCACCCAAAUUCAAAACCCUAGAAACUACAUCUUCUUCAAAUUUCUCUGUGAAAAUGUCUGGUCGUGGAAAGGGAGGCAAGGGAUUGGGAAAGGGAGGAGCCAAGAGGCACAGGAAGGUUCUAAGGGACAACAUCCAAGGUAUCACUAAGCCAGCUAUUCGCAGGCUUGCUCGUAGGGGUGGUGUGAAGCGUAUCUCUGGUCUCAUCUAUGAGGAGACCCGUGGAGUGUUGAAGAUCUUUUUGGAGAAUGUGAUUCGUGAUUCUGUCACCUACACUGAGCACGCCAGGAGGAAGACUGUCACUGCUAUGGAUGUUGUCUAUGCUCUUAAGAGACAGGGAAGGACUCUCUAUGGGUUUGGCGGUUAUGAGAGUGGGAAUCCAUACAGAAGUAGCAUAGCAAUCCCUGAUGAAUCCAACUCGAGUUCCGCAGCAACGACAAUUGAUGCAAUCAUCAUCAGGGAUUUCAUCGUAGUGAAAUUUUCCGUCACAUUUCAAACCCGUCCACCAAAUAUAAAUAUCCACCACCCAAAAGAGCUCAAUUCACCCAAUUUCAAAACCCUAGAAACUUCAUCCUCUUCAAAUUUCUCUGUGAAAAUGUCUGGUCGUGGAAAGGGAGGAAAGGGAUUGGGAAAGGGAGGAGCCAAGAGGCACAGGAAGGUUCUAAGAGACAAUAUCCAGGGUAUCACUAAGCCAGCUAUUCGCAGGCUUGCUCGUAGGGGUGGUGUGAAGCGUAUCUCUGGUCUAAUCUAUGAGGAGACCCGUGGAGUGUUGAAGAUCUUUUUGGAGAAUGUGAUUCGUGAUUCUGUAACCUACACUGAGCACGCCAGGAGGAAGACUGUUACUGCUAUGGAUGUUGUCUAUGCCCUCAAGAGACAGGGAAGGACACUCUAUGGGUUUGGUGGUUAGAUCAGUUGUUAGGCGCAUUAGAUGUAGAUCUAAUGUUAAUUUCUGCUGUUUCUGUGAUUUGGUAUCUCUGUAACUGUUCGUAAGCUCUAGAUAUUGUAAUUUCUCAUUACAUAUUCAAUGAACAAAGCUCAGUUUCUACAAAUUA